AUGUCUUCUCUUGAGAGGUUGCCACCUGAAAUUCUCCAAGAAAUCGUGUCGUAUCUCCACGAUGGCUUUGAGCGUCAUCACUUCGGUGGAUACGAUCCUCCCCUAGGCCAGCACGAGGUAGCAGGGAUCAAGCGACGCUCGUACCUAGCAUCUCUACGCGCCGUAAAUGGUCUGUUCUACGACGUCGUCACACCAAUCCUCUUUCAGCACGCCAUCAUUUACUCUGGCAGUGUCAUAACAAGAUGGGGCGUAACCGCCGUGACCAGCAGCGGCGUUACGGGUACUGCGCGUCUUGUGAAACUGUCAAAGAAUCCUCAACUUCGCGAAAUUGUACGCCGGCUGGAAAUCUGCUUGAAAAUUCGGGGUCCGAAUGAUUUCCAAGAUUACAAACCUGUGAUCGAGGAGAGAGACAAAGACUUGGAGUACAUUGCACGAAUGGGCUCGGUAAUUCAUAGCGCAUUGCCUAGAUUCACGAAUCUGAAGAUUCUGAAGCUUAACUUUGAGGACAUUCCUUAUAGUUACGGUCAGGAGUUUGAUGACCCAGGUCUGAAUACUUGUUGUUGGGUUCAAGACACUGAGAACUUUUUCGAGUCCCUCGCCACAGCUCUCUUCAGAUCUGGGCUCAAUAGUUUGGAAGAACUCGACCUCUCCCUUCCGCUCGCAUAUGACUUUGGGCAUUUUCUCGAGGAUGACGACGAUGGGGGACCUUACUCUCCACAGGCAUUCUUUAAACGGCUCAAGCGUCUGAGUGUUCACUAUGGACACUGCACCGAGGAAGAUGAAGACUUGGAAUUUCGGUAUAACCAAUCUAAUCAAAUAUUCGACAGAUAUAUACGAGAGCUGAUACCGCUCGCGACAAACCUAAACACCCUCAAGGUGAAAGGUCCCGAUGUAUUGGUGCUGGACUCAUCAAGCCUGGAACCCUUGACCCUGGAAGUACUCGACCUGCAGAGCCUGUCUAUAACAGGGGAAGCACUAAUAGCGCUCUUUCAACGGUCCACAGCGCUACGAGAAGUUGUCCUCAUGGGAGUCUACCUCGAAUCCGGCACAUGGGUCGACAUCCUCACGGCCUUGAGCAAAACAACGCUUACAGAAUUCUACAUCGAAACAUGUGGCUAUCAAAAAGACGGCGAGACUAUCCUUCGCGUGCCCGUUAACCCAACCGCCCAAGCCAAGCAGGACGAUAGUUAUGUCGAGACAAACCGUGCUGAAGACAUCGACGCGUGUGACUUGGUGUUUGCGCGGGUCCACGAGAACAUGCGGAAACUACACGGGAGUAGAUAUGAUCAACAGGCGGCUGAGAAGAAGAGGGAGAUUCUGCAUGAGGAUAUUAUUCGUAAGACAGGGUCGCUUGGGGAGUUUUGCAGAAGGUUCUUUGCGGAGAUUGAACAAGAGGAGGAUACUGAUGACGAUGAGGAUUCUUCGGAGAUUGAGUCUGAGGAUGAUGGGGAGAAUAUAGUUGACUUCCUUGAGAUGGCUUUUGGUCAACGAACUGGAGAUGUGGAUGAUGAUCAAGAUUCAGAGGAUGACGAAGAUGGUGUUUCUUCGGAUUCAGGUUUAUCUGACGAUGAGUAG